AUGGACCAAAGAAUUAUCUACAUCAUAAUUGCCAUCGUAUCCGCAAUUCUUUUCUUCUUUGCCAUCGGUUUUAAUGGCUGGUCGUGUGGGGGAAGUAUACUAAGUGACAACUGUAUCACCUCGAAGGUAAAUGAAGUGACAGGAGCUCUCCUUCUGACCUCUGGACUACUGAUUCUUCUUGGUGGAAUAUUUUUGAUUGUAUUGGUUGUUCACGGUGACAGUUGGGCAAACAUUGUGGCCACUGUUUUGGCGAUCAUUGCGGCCAUUCUCUCAUUAGCCGGAGUGCUCUACUACCUGGAUAAACGCGAUUUGUGGUCGCCUUUCUUGGCCUCGGUGGCCAUGUCCUUCACCGUGGCCUUGGCUGCUGUUCUAGUGGCUGAUUUGGCCACAGGUGGAGGCGGUAAUGCGUAA